GUGACACGUCGCGGUCACCUGACCAACGUAACCGAUGACGUGUAUUCCAACUAGCAUGUAACCAGGAAGACCGUACUCAAAUUUCAAGAUGUUAGCCGGAGUAAGUAGAAUUUUUAAUGUUUAUAUUUAAUCUCUUAUGUGAAAUAGUAAACCUGUGUUUCUCCUGUCUUGUUCUGUGACUCCGGAGCUGACAGAAAAGUCUGUUUGGACUGAAUGUUCCUAAAGCUGAACAUCUGUCUGUCGGGCUAAUGUUGCUAAGACGGGAGCUAACGUGUAAAGUUUGGGGUUUGUUGACAUUUGUGAGCUCUAAAAAGGCUCCAGAUUCACCAAAAAACAACAGAAACAUCCUAAUAAUCUUUAUCAAAGGGUUCAUUUUAGUGUAUUUACACUUUUCUGACAGACAGCUACACCGACUAAAGCUAAAAUAAUCGAAUCCUCAUCGGUCAGUGAUCGGAAAAAGGACAGUUUUCAGUUUUUUUUUCUCUUCUUUACAUAAAAUCAGCUUCACUUUUAUUAUUGUCCCGUGAUUCUUACACUAAACACCUCCGACUGUGACCGAAGAACCACAAAAAAGAGCCGGGGUGACUCUUUUAUGAGGCCAAAGGUCUAACCUGGGACCUCAGAUCUCUCUCUAUAGAUGAGGCUCCAGCAGAGACAUCUAUGUGGACUUUAAGGGUUUGACUGUCUGUCUGUCUGUCUGUCUGUCUGUCUGUCUGUCUGUGUCCUCCUCGUUUAUUCCUCAGGAUCCCAAUGAUGAGGACGUGUCUCUGUUUGAUGCAGAGGAGGAUUCAGGGAAAAGGUCCAAGAGCUCCAAGAUCAAGUAAGAAAACCGAAGAUGACUGAGUUCGUUAUUGAAAUAUCAAGAUAUUCAUGUUUAUUUCACUGUCUUUGUCUUUUUUUUUACCAUAUAGAACUUUGUUAAUCCUCCAGUUCAGGAAGAUCAGAGGAUUUUUUUUUUCGUGUAUGAGGAUUUCAUACUCUUGUGCUUUUACUGUCACUGUGCAAAACUGUUAAAAACUGACAUUUUUAUACAUUAAAAAAGCAUUAGAUUAAAUCUUAGUGCGGCGUGCUUUAAAGGGAUAUUCUGGCGUUAAAUUAAUUUAGUGUCAAACACACAGUAACACCGAGUUAGACCCCCCCUCCAGAGAUGAAUGUUGCCGACCGCUUGUUUCUCUAGUCAUACCAACUUUAGUAACGACCGCAGGAUAGCAAUACAGAGAGACACGCUCUCAACCAAAACACCACUCUAUAGCCACAAAUAAUGCUCAGAACAGCACCUAACUUCAUCAACAGGACAUAUAGGGUCACAGCCAUAGUACUAGACACCAAACAUCUUUUUAACUUUGACUCAUUUCUGUAGCAAAGAGAGUAAUACAUUAACAUUAACAGCUGUAGUUUAUUGCAAAUGGUCACGAUGUAAUAUCAGUUUCUUUGCUUUUUACUGUGCAGCUCUCUGUGCCACCAUUCCUCCUCUAUCAGCAGCAGUUUGAAAGCCGUAGAGUAAUGGCUGUUGUUGUCAGUUUGUCAAAUCGAGUUAUCAGAUGUGUCUAUCAUGACAUUAAAUGUGUUUCUAAUCUGUCUCCAGGCAUCCUGUGGCCUCCUUCUUCCACCUCUUCUUCAGAGUCACGGCUAUCCUGGUGUACCUGCUCUGUGAGUUCUUCAGUCCGGGGUUCAUCGGCUGCAUGGUCACAAUAAUCCUCCUGCUCUCCUGUGACUUCUGGGCAGUAAAGGUUUGUCCUUCACUUCUUUACAGGGUAAAUAUUCUCCAUCUUAAAACAGAAACUCCACGCUGACAUCAAUUUGACUGUAACAUGUACUUCUAGAACAUCACAGGUCGACUGAUGGUGGGUUUGAGGUGGUGGAACCAGGUGGAUGAUGACGGGCGCAGCCACUGGGUGUUUGAGUCGAGGAAGGUGAGGCGGUGCUCCUCAGCUUAUAUGAAGCUCGUGUUCUUCUGUGUUACAGUAACUGCUCUGUCCUACUCUGGGGUCUUUGACCUCGUAUGAUGCUGACCUCCUUCACUGUGUGGCGUUGAUAAAUGUACUUGUUUACUGUCAGCGAGCAUUAUAGGAUUUGCAGAUGUCCUCACUGUGAGAAUAUCCUGUUUGUUUUUUUCAGGGUACUGGGAAGCAGCAGUCGUCGGACUCGGAGUCCAGAAUCUUCUGGCUGGGGCUGAUCAUUUGUCCGGUCAUCUGGGUCAUCUUUGCCUUCAGCACCCUCUUCUCCUUUGAGAUUAAAUGGGUGGUAAGUCCUCAGCUGUAACUGAAAAAAACAAAAACGAACUGGUGUUAUUUUGCUUUUUCUCUCUGUCAGCAAAUCCCACGGGAAGACGAAAACAAUCAAAACGUGACUCUUUAAAUCAGGGAUGACGGCUCUUGUUUGUUUUGUUUCCUGCUGCUCCACUGUUUAUCAGAUGGUACUGAAACAGACGGGAAUAUGUGCCUCUCUGGACUGUUUCCAGCUUAUGAUAAAUCAGCAUUUGAAUUAAAUCAGCUUUCUCGGAAAAUGAGACGGCAGGAUGAGACGUCCGGGAUAAGACAGUCGUUUGGCUCUAAUUCAAAAAAAGAAAGAUAUUUACAUUUAUGUUAUUGUUUAAAACAUCAAGAAAAAACUCUAUCAUCAUCAAAAAGCUCUUAUAACCUGACUUAUUUUCAGUUUGGUACAGGGUAAUAUCUCUUUGUUCCGAACACACUCACUAACCUCGGAGGAUGACUGUCUGUUAGUCUGCAGUCCUGAGUUUUGGGCUUCUAAUGAUAAUCAGAAUCAUAUUAUAGAGUUCACAAAGUGCUUGAACAGACAUAAGAUGAUAGCAAGAACCCAGAUUUCUUUGGGUUAAAUGGCUCCCUCCCUGACAGAGGAAACAGUCCCGUGACGCCGGUUGUCAACCAGAUGAGUCGACGCAGAGUUUGACUAAGGCAGAGCGAAACAAGCCACACAGAGCAAACUAGGAUAUCAGAAAAAUAUGAAGAAGUUAAACACAUCCUACAUGUCUGUCUUUAAAUAUCUGCCAUCUUCCUCUCAGCCUGUCGUGAUCAUGGGUGUGGUGUUACAAGGGGCCAACCUCUACGGCUACGUGCGCUGUAAAGUGGGAGGAAAGACCAGCUUAAAGAACAUGGCCACUAACUACUUUGGACGACAGUUCCUCAAACAGGUGAGCAGAACUCAAAUGAAAGUGAAAUGAAAGGCUGGAAAACCUGUUUCUGAAAGUGUCUGAUUGUUUGUUUUUCAUUCACAGGCGAUGUCUAAAGAAGAGGAAUCGUAGAGAGCAGCUCUGCGAUUUUCACGUUUGCAUUAUUCUUAAUGCUGUUAUAAUAUAAACUGUAUAUUCUUUUACCAAGUGGAUACACAGAAAAAAAACAAAAACCUUUGCAACAUGAACUAAAGAUAACAGUGUUUUCCUUUUCUUUUUAAUGUAUUGUGUGUCUUAUUAUAAAAUAGUGUCUUUUUUUUAUUAGCUGUUCUAAUCAUUGAGGCCCAGCAGCUUAAUUCCGUUACCUGAUACUAACUUGUGAAUGCAUGAGGGACGGGAGGAUGUGAGGGUUUGUCUGUGAUAGAUCAUGUACCCCCACUACUCCAUUUGGUUGGUAUCUCCUUUAUUUUCUGUUUCUUUUGCCUUUAAUUCCAGUCUUUACUAAAUUAAACGAUGUAGUUUGGGAGAGUUAUCGUACGAAAUGUCUUGUUUGUAUAAUAGACGGGGCUGUAAAGUAAGAGUGUAAAGUAUGGUGGCAGAUCUGUAAAUAUGUAUUUAAAGACACGAUGUGAAAGGUGUUCUUUUGUGCUAAUAAAUUUGUAACAUUUUUCUGAAUGUUGUUUUUUUUUCUCUUGAAAAUAUAAUUAUUUUGAAAACAUGGACCCAGUAAAUAAAAAAAAGCACAAAGUGAAUCUGCUUUUUUGUGCAUUUGAGAAGAUUUAAAGGUUCGUACCACUGUUACCAAAUGUUGAAGACUUUAAAUAGAUAAGACACUGUAGAAGAUAAGAUUUAAAUAAUACAACAAUGAACCUAAUGAAUGGUAACUAUACGACUGACAUAAUUGUUCUAUUAAUUAGCCAGAUUUAGUCCCAGUCACAUUAAAAUGCUCAUUAUUUUAGGGGAGAAUUUGCCAUAAAUUACAUUUUUUGUGGGGUAAAAAACUACAACGGAGUACUUGGGCCACAUUAAAAAAAAAAAAAAAAGAAUAUUUUGAGAUUAAUUUACGAGAAUAAAGUCAUUACUAACGAGGAAAAAGUUGUAAUAAAGUAAUUACGUAUGAGAAUGAAAUCAGAUAAAAGUCCUUAUAUUGUAACCUGUUGUUAUAGAUGACAGAUGUUGACAUAAGAGCCAUGGAGCAUUUUGUGAAAAUGUACUUUAAUAUAUGUUUCUCAAACAAAGAGAUACUUAAUCUUUUAGCACAUCAGCACCACAUUAUCAUAAGCAUCAUAAUGAUUUUGUUAUGACUUUAUUCUCGUAACUAAUUAAUUUAUUAUGACUUUAUUCUUGUGAGAAGUGAUUUUAGUACGACUUUUUUCUCGUAAUUACUUUAUUACGACUUCGUUCCCGUUAGUAAUAACUUUAAUCUCGUAAAUUAACGUCUUUAAUCUCUAAAAUCUAUUUUUUUAUUCUUUAUGUGGCCCUAAUGUGGCCCUAAAAAUCUGCCGUUGAACUUGACGUUAAAUAGAUAUUUCCAUGUCUUAGUCCUUCUUUAGCUACAGCGACAAGCAGCGGUUUCUUUGGGUUACUGCAUCUAAACAUGUACCAACUUACCGUUUCUAAUAUUUUACUUGCAAGAUACAGUUUUUGUGAUGCACAAUAUCUUAACAUCUCUAUUUAGUAUGGUCACCGCCCUAAUUUUGACGUUUUAUCCCACACAUGUCGAUAUCAAACCGAUUUGUUUAAUUGUGCCACAACAAACAUGGCGGCUCUCUUGGUCCAAACUGAACGGACCUGGAAGUGAAGCCUCGCCUAGUCAAGCGUUACCUAGCAAC